UGUAUAGUUUUGCUUUCUUGCAAUUAUUGUUUCUCAGAAGAGAGCUCAGUCUUGCCUAUGACUCAUCAGAAACUUUAUGACCUGUUUCUUUUAUGGGGUACAAAGACGUUGGGGGGUGAAGGUGGGGAAAUGUGUUUGGGGGAAGCUCUCAGAAGCACUUAUGAGCUUGCUUUAGCUGAGUAGCUUUCUUUAUAUGGCCGCUAAAGUUCGCUUCAUAGCUUGUGUGGUGCCGUUUCACUGCAUGGAACGGCCGGGCCUGGUCCCGUUGUGGCCGCGAGAUGGCGGCAGUGCCCCGCCGGAGCCGCAUGGCGGGGGGCGGUGCGGCCCUUCGCUCCCUUCUUUGCUGCUUCCCCUAUUUCCACCUGUGCUGAGCGGCUGCUGGGGCCGAGGAGUGCGUGGUUUCAAGUUAAUCAUCACGGAUAAACACUGUACCAGCAGCCAUUGGGAAGUUUGCAGAUUUGUGGCCAGCACUCUGAUUUCUUGGUGCAACAUCAGCCAUGCAAAUACCAGGAUCAUCCAGCUUACAAACUCUGAGGACAGAAGGAAAGCUCCAGUCUCUGCUCAGGUCUCCUGAUUCCCCUGUGGUCAGCUGCUGCUUGUGUGUGCCAGAGGUGCGAUGCUGGCGCAAGGCUGGAAAACGACCCAAACGCAGCCGCUCCCUGUGCUGUGUGCGGAACAGCCCCACGGCUCGGAGUGGGGGUUCAUCGCGGUGGAACCCCUCCGUCCUUCGGCCCCGCUCCCCUCUGGGGCUCAUCCCCCGCUCCUCACGGCCGCGCACCGCAGCGUCCCUCGCCGGUGUCGGGGCGGAGUGCUGCCCGGCCCGACCCCUUCCCACCGGCACCGCUCACCGCACGGCAUCACACCCCCCCUACCUCUCAACCGCCCCGGGCCGAGCCGCGCUCUCCCCCGUCCGCCCGGCGGCAGCGCCUCGUUCCCCGCAGCCCGGGUCGGAGGCUGCCGGCAUUGGGGAGGGGGCGGCGAGGCCGAGGCCUCCCGUUGAAACAAACCACGCACCGCACCACGCGUCCGAGCGUUUUGUAAAAACGUUUAUUUAA